AUGUUUCCCUCUUUCCACCUCAGCCGUCGCGCACGUGUAGGUGGAGUGGAUGGUGAUGCGGGAGGUGGGCAUGACGAAGAUGCCCUCGUGCCUGGUCUCCACCCCCUCCAGCGCCGUCAGCGUGUCCCACCCCUCGGUUACCUCACUGGCGUGGACGGGGCGGUAUGGGGGCAUUGA